AUGACGGGAGCUAUUUCAACGCCUCGCUACAGCCGCGAUGACUUUGAGACGGCGUCGAUCCGGUCUGCCGCCCCUUCAUAUGUCUCCGAGGCUCCAUCGUACCACUCGACGGCCCAGUACUCAGACUCGGCGCCGCCGUACGCUCCUCGCGCGGCAGCCCCGUCCGCAGCAAGUGCGGCCGUCCGGAGCGAGUCUUCCGCUCCGCGGCCCCGGACCGUAGGCCUCCCACCCAUCCCUCCGCUCGCUCCCCAGAGCGCCGUCUCGCUUCCGAACUUCCGCAUCCCCACCUGGUCUGCAAACAACGCGCCCGCUGCGCGCCACUAUCGCAACGUCGCCGAGCGCCGCAUCACCGAUGGCCGCUAUCUGAGUGACAGCCCGGCCGCCAGGCGCUACAGCGGCGCCAUCGGCAGCGACCGCACGCUCGACCACCAGGCCAGCGCGCAGACGACCGGCAUGCAGACGACCAGCACGCACGAGGUCCGCCCCCUGGAGGAUCCCUACCUGGUGGGAGAGGUGGCCGCCGCCCAGGCUCGGCGGGAGCGUCUCGCCCGUGAGUCGGGCGAUGAUGUUCUCUUGCGAGAGGACCGGCAGUGGGACUGGCUCCUAGCCCAGAUGAAGAGCUGGGACGAGCGCGAGCGGAGCUGGGCCAAGUUUCGCCGUGAGCUCGACAACACGCAGCGCAAGAAGCUGCUCCACCGCAUCGGUGGCCGUCUCCUCUCUUGA